GGGUCGAGGCAGGCGGAGGAGCCAAGACACGGCGUCGGCCGGCUACAUCACGCCGCUGGGGCGCCCACUCUGCGCAUGCGCUGCAGGGGGAAAUUCCGCGCCAAGAAACGUUCAUCGGCAUAUGCGCGUGUCUGAGAAACGCCGACGGGGGCAGCUGCUCGCGCCUCCCUGAGGCAUCUACCCCGCCCCCCAGUCCCGCAAGCAGCCCCUUCAGUGCGCAUGCCCGCUGUCCUCUGGGCUCCUCCAAUCCUUCCACUCUCUCCGCCACUGCCACAGCCCGGUGGGCAAAACCAUUCAUGCAACGCUGGGGGCCGUGUUAGCGCCUGUGCCUCUUUAACGCUGCCUUCCGCACGAGGGCUUCCGUCGCCCCUGCCAGUUCUUGACUCUGCGGCAGGAGGCUCAUUUACUGCCACUACGUUGGUUUGGAGUUGUCGAUCCGCCCCUCCCCACCCCCCCGCCAAUGGGCAGGAGCUGGUUUAUCCCAAGAUGGCGGCGGUUCCUGAGCUGCGGUAAAGCACAGUUCCGGGCCGGGCUGACUCACGUGGGAGAGAGACAGACUCGGGGUCUCCCGUAGCGUGCCCCCCCCCCCCCGGACUGUGCUGAGCGCGCGCCGCUGCACCCGCUUGAGCCAUGCCUCACAGAAGGAAGAAACCCUUUAUAGAGAAAAAGAAAGCUGUAACAUUUCACCUGGUACACAGAAGUCAGAGGGACCCUUUGGCAGCUGAUGAUACUGCACCUCAGAGAGUUCUGUUGCCUUCACAGAAGGGAGAUGAGGAACAGAGGAGAGAAGAGCAGAGGAAAUAUGGAGUGUUCUUUGAUGAUGACUACGACUACUUGCAGCAUCUAAAAGAAGCCUCUGGUCCCUCAGAGCUAGUCCCAUCUGAUGUGUCUGGUCAACCGAGCAGGAGUACAGUCAGAGGGGAAGGAGAGAGAGAGGAAGAAAGUCAACAGAUUCCAGCUCCUGCUAUUAAGUUGCCUUCCUCAGUGUUUGCCUCAGAGUUUGAAGAGGAUGUGGGACUGUUAAAUAAAGCUGCUCCUGUUUCAGGACCCCGUUUGGAUUUUGACCCUGAUAUUGUCGCAGCUCUUGAUGAUGACUUUGACUUCAAUAAUCCAGAAAAUCUUCUCGAAGAUGACUUUGUCUUAAAGGCCACUGAGCCAGGGAAAGGGGACUGGAAAGGAGAGGAUUGUCGGGGCUCUGAUACUGAGGAUGAAGAUGAGUGGGAGGAUAUGGAUGAUGAUGAUGAUGAUGAUGGAAAGGACAACGGUAGUGAUGAAGAUUAUGAUUCAGAGGGUCCUUUAUCAGAUGAUGAGGGAGUUAGUGGAGAGAUGAAAGAGUUUCUUUUCAUGCAAGAGGAGACCAAGAGCCGUUUCACAGAAUACUCCAUGACUUCGUCCGUAAUGAGAAGGAAUGAACAGUUGACCCUGCUAGAUGAGAGAUUUGAGAAGUUCUUUGAACAGUUUGAUGACGAUGAGAUCGGAGCGUUGGAUAAUGUGGAAUUAGAAGGCUUUAUUCACACCGACAGCACUCGGUUGCAAGAAGUCCUGAAUGACUACUACAAAGAGAAAGCUAAGGACUGUGUGAAACCCGAUGCUCUUGAACCAAGUAAGGAUUUAGAUUCUCCCUUUAAUGAGAAGGGUGAGGAGGAAGAAGAAGAGGAAAUCAUAACUUUAGUUAUUGAGGAACCAAAAGAGAAGUGGGAUUGUGAAUCCAUUUUGAGUACAUACUCAAACUUGUAUAAUCAUCCAAAACUUAUUGAGGAGCCAGCAAAGUCCAAACCAAUCAAAAUUUCUCACAAGAGUGGAAUCCCACUGGAUAUCUUGCCUCAGAGAGGUCUUACAGCUAAGCAGAUCGAACGCAUGCAAAUGAUUGAUCAAAGUGAUCUGCCAAGAGUAUCCACACAGCCACGUUUCAAAAAUGAGAGCAGAGAGGAUCGAAAAGCUAGAAAACAAGCUGUAAAGGAAGAAAGAAAGGAACGGAGAAUGGAGAAGAAAGCCAACAAAUUAGCCUUCAAGUUGGAAAAAACAAGGCAAGAAAAAGAACUGCUCAAUCUGAGACAGAACGUUCAAGUGCUCAAGCUGUCGUAGUGGAACAGAUGACUUCCAUAUUGUGGAAAGUUCUUUGCAUUGUUCUUUGUGCUAGGAUCUUGGGAAGAUACUGACUCUUUUAACCUUGUCCCAUCAUGGACAGAAGUUAAUAACAUGGUAUUUGAAUUUUUCUAUAACCAGGUCCAGUAAUUUGCCAUCUUUUUUUAAAUGUAAACAGCUGAAACAAUUUUUGGUUACAAAUUAAAAUUUACAGUAGUAUUACUGUAUUUUUCUGUCAUGAACAUAACAUGGCAGCUAUUUAUAAACUGAGUUGCACUGGGAGUGUGUUAUGAUACUUAAAUUACAGAAAAAUAUACAUUUUCUCUGCAACAGGUUUUGUACAUAUUGAGAAAUUUUAACUAUUGUGAUUCGAGAGAUCUCAGUGCUGUUUCUUGAUUAGAUUUACCUAUCUGACUGCAUAAAAUAAUUCUUUCCCUCCCUUUAUAAUGGUAUUUAAAUGCAGAUUCAGUUGGAAACCAUGCUUUGACCUCAGCACAGUUCAAGCUUAUGCAGUCUUUUUCCCCCCAAGCCCUGUCCAACUGUCUGAAGUAUCUAUUGCUGUUUGAAUACUAUUGUGAAGAGUAUUGGAAAAUUGCAUUUUAAGAGAGAGGUUUAGAAAACUGUUUUUAAAUUUAAGGGUUGUCUAAAUUCACAUGGUUGUGCUUUCCGUUUCAUUUGGCGGGUGAAAUAAUUAAAGAUAUUUAAUGCAAGAUUUAGGUUGUGCAUCAAAGUUAGCAACAUUAACAUAAUUUCCUUGUGAAAUUAACUUGGCUGUAUUGAACAGGCUUGCAUACAGUGUUUGCUAUAAAAUAUUCAAACAGUAAUAAGUCAAAACUGUACACACGCAGAAAAGAGUAGAGUAUGCUACAUACAUGUGACACAACAAAAAUGCUGUUGCACUUCCUGACUUUCUGGGACCUUAACUCUGCAGCCUUAGCAUUGCACUGUGAGGGAGCUAAACUGUAUAAAUGCAGACACUGGUGCUGUGUGAGGUCUAAAUCAUCCAUGACCUAGGCAGGAACCUCUUGGGGAGAGCAGUGGUUCAUCGUAAUCAGACACCGUAAACACCUUAGUUCUGACUCUAGCAUUGAAUCUGCAUUGGCUUUGAUAUCCAUCAUUCUGUUUGGUGGCAGUGGACCUAUACACCUCAGAAAGGUGAGCAAGAGUUGCCCCUUUAUGAGCAGAAAAGGGAAGUACCUCAUCUUUGUAGUUCCACAGGACCACAACAUGAACAUCCUUUCAUGCCGUCUUGCCAUGGCCAGCUCAAUGUAGAAGCCUCUGUGUAUGCUGCUUAUGGGUGGGAGAUUCUGGUAGAAUCAUAACCUAUUUCUAGGAUAUCGGAUACUAUUUUUGGAAGAAUUCUGGAAUGGUGCCCAGGAUAUAAGGGGAGAGAAUUUAAACUACUGUUAAUUUAAUCUCAUCCCAGUUGGCUAAAUCCUGAGCACUUUAAGACUGGUGCCUGUGAAGCUUAAAUGAAAAUUUUUUUUUUCCACGGUUUUUCUUAAGUUUUUGUCAGGUUGUUUUAUUGCUUUUUUGGAAGUUUUCUUUAAGUUCAACACAAACUUUCUCUCCUCGAUGGGUCUGAUGCAAUUGUUUAAAUUCCUAUUGAUCCCUAGUAUGAACUGACACAGCAGUACGUACAUUUCCCUUUCUGUUGUCCUUAUGAACACUAAAUGAAGGUGAGCAGAAAGCAGUGUGAAUCCUCUGUGUAUAGAAACUAUUCAAAGUGCUUUGGUUAUAACAUCUAUUGCUGCUUGUGAGAUUGAACUAUUGAAAUUGAAACCUAAAACCAGUUUCCUUUUCUCUCAAAUCUCUUCUAUAUUAACCAAAUCUGUAGAAAUUAGCCCACCUAACUAUGAUAUCUGGGGAAAAAAUUGUAGAAGUCCUGUAUGACAAAAACAUCUUUGUUCAUGCUUUCAUUUGACUUUUAGCUAUACUAGUUUUCAUGUAUAUCAUAGGAUAGGGCAGGAUGUAUGUGUCAUAAUUGUUAAUUAUUUGGUUGCUGAUAACUGGCAACUUGGAUUAUUGCAAGCACUUGAACUGUGUAAGUAAAAGUUGACCACCUAGCACCCAUGUUUCCUGAAAGUGUUUAAAGAGGGAAUUUGAGAAAUUUGCAUAUAGAGAUGAGUCAGAUGCAUGGAACAGGUGAGUGUAAAGUGUAAUUUUGUGGGUUAGAGUUUAUUAGAAAUAUUGCCACAUGCUCUAAAAGAGAACUAUGAUCUGUCUUCUAACGUACACAAACCAUAAUCCUCUGCAGUUGGAUAUUAUGUUCAGUUGCUGAAGCAGAGAUGGGAAGUCACGAAAAAGGAUAUUCUGCUAGGCUUUGCUGCCAAAACUCUGAGCCAGAUCAAGCAAGAAAAUCUUAAUUUAUUUUGUCCUACAUACCUAAAGAGUAAUCACAAUUUCUUUAGCUAUUCUGAUAUUUGAUUUGCCACAGUCAGUGUCCUGAUAUGCCUUGCAUUAUGCCAUGAGAAUGUUGGUAAUAUCCUGUAAGCCAGUUUGGGAAUGUUUCUAUGCUCCAGUUGCCUACAGGAAGGUGAAGCAGGCCUGUUCUUCCCAUUGCUGCUUUAUUACUGUAUUAUUUCCUUUCUCUCUUGGUUUACCACUUCUAUAGGGCAAAAAUAAAUGAAAGGUAAGGAUAAAAAGAGCAGGCCAGAGCAGGAACCAAGACACAAUGGGGAAGUCAAGAGUGUUUUUAAAAGGGAGAGAACAGUGGGUGGAAUAGAGGUUAAAAAGAUGUUGGUUGGAAACAAUCAAAUUGAGAGCUAAUGGAAUAGAGCUAAAGGUUAUAGAACUACUUUUGGUCCUCCAUUGUUAACAAUGUCACUGCUAAUUGUUGUAAUCAAGUUACUAUAUAUGCAUCGGUAUUCUUUUCCUAAUGUCUGCUGCAAUAAAAAAAAGUUGCCAAGAGUCUCAUGCUGCUGAAUGGCAAACCUUGCCUUCACUUCAAUGAGAUCACGUGCAGACCCUUAGACCUGCAAGUCCUGUGUUUUUUGUUUUGUUUCCCCUCCCGCCAUAAAUGGGGGGCGGGAUGGACCUCUUUACAGGUACACUCCAGCAAUUUACUGGUUUUUUGCCUGUGCUCAGUGCAGAGAGAUUGAUAUGAAAUCAGAUUUGUGUUGUGUUAAGACAUGGUACUGUUGUUGGUUUGAAAGAAAACUUUGAGAACCAUUUUCCCCUUGAAAAAUGCAGUUAAAUCAAAACUCAGAUGCUUAGCAAACUCAUGUCAAUUUCACAGAAAUUUUAUUUUGAAGGAAAACAGUGACAUUCUGACAGUUUCAAAAUUAAACCUUUUGAUAUUUCACUUUGAAACUACAGUACUUUGUUUUGAAAAUUGUAUUUUGUAUUCAAUUAUUUCUUUUGUCAAUCUUCUGUAGAGAAUUUUUAACUUGCAGGCUUUUCCAAAUUAUAAUGAAAACAAAAUUAAUCUUCAAAAUGGAAUUUCCAUCCUC